AUGCUGCGCUGCACGCGUUGCUCCGGCCGCCUGCUAGGGACAUACCAGCGGAUCGCAUGGCGAAGCACGCCUCAGGGGUGUCGGCUCUGGGCGAGAGAACUGCAGCCCGCUGUCAGGGGACUGGCAGCUCAGGGUGAUCCCACGAGUGCCCCGGAAGAAUCAAACGAAGCGUCUCCGACGCUGAGUACCGAGGAGCUGGCGCUCAUCAUCCCGCCGCGCAACUUCAUCCAGGCCUUGCGGGUGGCUUCAUCGCAACCGCAUGAGCUACGGAAAGCUUUCGACCGCCUCGAUAUCGACGAGUCGGGCACGCUUUGCUUCGCGGAGCUUCGCGCAUUGAUCGCUGAGGUCAAAGGCCGCCACGCCACGGACGAGGAGCUCGAUCGUGCAGUUGGAGCUCUUCUUGCGAGGUAUGAUCGGGGUAAGGACGGUGCGCUGAGCUUCAAGGAGUUCGAAGAGGCUGUCCUCUCCAUCGCCUCCCCGGUAGAUCGAAGAGCGUAUGCUCUGGCUGCAGCAAUAGGCAUUGCCUUCGCUGGCUUUUCCGUCACCUUUCCGAUGGGUCCAACGUUGAUCCAGACUUUUGGGAUGUCGCAGCUGCAGUUUGGAACGCUGACGACAGCUUUCGCCAUUGCAAAGCUUUGUGGGAACAUUCCGUCUUCAAUCCUGUCAGAGGCCUAUGGGCGCAAGCCGCUGUUAGUAGGCGGCUUGCUGUCGAUUGCCACAGGUAUCGCAGGGGUGGCCUUUGCCAGCUGCUAUGAGCAGCUCAUGGUGCUCAGGCUGGCCGUGGGCCUUGGUGUUGCCUCGACCUUCACCUCAGCAGGCAUGUACGUUACGGACAUCUCCCACCCGCUGAAUUCGGCACGUACCCGGGCUCCGAUGCAGAUGGGCAUGUCUGCGGGCUUGCUCUGCGGGCCGGCUCUUGGAGGUUACCUCCUGGAGCACGUGGGCCUCUACUCGAUGACCCUCGGGGUCGGCGCUGCCUCGUUGGCCACCGCCACCGCGGUGUUCGCCCUACUUCCGGAGACUCACCGGGGUUACCGAGACAAGAGGCCUCUCAGAGGCGUCGGAGACACCCUGCGGUCCUGGUCUCCGAUACUACGUGGCCAGCAGUUCCGGUCAAUCUUGUCCUUUGGUUGGUGCUACAACGCCGCCUUUUGGGGCGCCAUGGCCCUCCUCCCUCUGGUCUACGUGGAUCUUUCCUUGAGCCCCUCUGUGGUGGGCGGCCUCUCCACCUUCAACGCCAUUAUCAGCCUGGCUGUGACGCCGGUGGUUGCACGAAGUGCAGAUCACCUUGGCAAGAUGGCUGUGGUCUUACCGGGAGCCAUCGUGUACGGUGCCGGAUUGAUUCUCGUCCCACACGUCUCUUCCUUGCUGGAGUUGCUGCCCGUGCUUGCAGCGAUGCAAGUGGGCGCCUGCAUGUGUGCGCAGGCACAGAUGCAUGCAAUGGACCUGGCGCCGGUUAAAGACCGCGCAAAGGUGCCAAGUCUGUGGAAUACCUUCGGCGACACAGGAAUGCUUUUCUCCUCCUUCACUUCAUCUGUACUUGCCGAGGAACUUUCUCGCAUUCUCAAGCUUGCGGUAGAUAGAUCUGCGGCGGCAUGGUUGGAAGCAGGUGCCUUCUGCUGGGUGGUCACUACUGAAGGUCUUGAGUCCUUGAAACGGACUUGCGUGAUUAAUGAGUGGCGCCUUUCGGGCUUUGUCACUUCCCCUUUGCAGCCCUUUGCGGUAGGUCAGCAAGGCUCGACUCCAGGAGGCUAUGGGCCCAUCAUCGGCCUUUUCAGUCGAACAGGAGAAGUUUACUUCGAGGGCGUGCAUGACAGAUGUCGAGUUGCGGGCGGAAGGGCGGUUGCAUCUUCCAGCAUGAAUGAAGGAGACUAUUCCCGCGCCAUCAAUGCCUUCGGCAAGCGGAGACGCUGGUCCGAGGCAGUGCACCUGCUUGCGACUAUGCAUGAGCGCGUCGUGGGGCCGUGUCGGUUUUCGCACAGCGCCGCCAUAAGCGCCUGCGCCAGCGCCACUGCCUGGCAGCACGCGCUGUCUGCUUUGACUGGCCCCGAGGCCCAAGACCUCGACCUGGAUCUUAUCGUCGUCAGCGCGGCUUUGUCGGCCUGUGAGAAAGCCAGCCGCUGGCACCAGGCGACGCAACUGCUCCAGGAAGCAGAACGGCGGGAGAUACACCCAGAUGUGGUGGCACUGAAUGCUGUGAUCAGCAGCUGCGGCAAGGGUUUCGCCUGGGCUCGAGCAUUGGAUCUGCUGCAAAGCUUGGCAGACAGGAGGCUUCAGCCUACUCGCAUCAGCUACUCCUCGGCGCUCACGGCCUGCGAGCGAUCGGGACGAUGGAGGCAGGCCAUGGGCCUUUGGCGUGGCAUGAUCAGGGCAGGUGUGACGCCGGAUGCUAUCGCAGUGGGUGCGAGCAUCAGUGCAAUGGAGAAAGGUCGGCAGUGGGCAGCUGCACUCUGGCUCUUGUCCGAGGAGGAGCGCUCCUCCCGAUGCUUCGACACAGUUGCGUUCAAUGCCGGCAUCGCUGCUUGUGCCAAGAGCCGCGAGUGGAUCAAGGCCCUUGACCUUUUACAGACGCUCACGUCGCCGAUGGCCCCUGUCCGCCCGGACACUGCAUCCUUUGAUGCCGGGAUGGAUGCCUGUGCAGACGGGCACUGGUUGCAGGCGCUUGAGCUGCUGAGAGGGAUGGCAAAGCUUCACUUGCCUCGCACAGCCCGGAGCUACAUGGCCGCGCUCAGCGCUUGCACUUCCUCGAGCCGCUGGCCGCGUUCUUUGGCCCUCUGGCUGGAGCUGGAGGAGGAAGGUCGCACACCCAUCGACGGGAGUUUGCGGAGUGCAGCAAUCGAGGCCUGUUCUCCUGCUGGGCUGUGGCAGGAAGCACUGCAUCAUUUUCUAUCGAGCGGCCCGGUUGCCGCCUCGGAUGACGCCCUUCGCAGAGGUGUGAUCAAGGUUCUGGCACAGGCAGCGCAGACUUCCCAAGCAGUAGCACUGUACAGACUGCUGGAGGAGGAGAAGCUCUAUCAGCCCUGGAAGACAGCGAACCUUCUCGAUCUCCAUGGGAUGACUGUCGAAGUCGCCCUUAUGGCCAUGUUUUCUGCGCUGCUAACGCGGGCGCUGGAAGAUGCGACAAGGCCCCCUUUGGGGCUUAUCGUCGGCCGCGGCCUUCACUCGGAGGAGGGCGUCGCCAUCCUCAAACCUGUUCUGCAGGAGGUGCUCUCGGAGCUUGAAGUUCCGUGGAGGGAAGUGACAGAGGGCAGGAUCUACAUUUCCGCAGCGGAACCGCUGUCGCUAGCCGACUCGCAGCCAAAACGGAACCUAGCUAAGUCUCUGGAAUUCGGCGGCACUUACACGCAGCUGCAAAGAUGUGGUGUGUCCUGGCCUGAGCCACGGCAGCCAGCACCGUCAUCCCUUCUCCUUGCCAGCAGCAUGGUCUUUCUGUACGUGGCCACCUUUGUCGUCGGCUUUGCUGCCAUUGCGUUGUGGGUCAUUCUGAAUCCGGGCAAGGAAGAGAAGCUGAAGGGUGAGGACAGUGUUGUUGAAGAUGAUGACAUACCUCUCAAUGAGGAGCCCUGGAUACCGACCAUGGAAGUCAAGGAUUGGACCGAGGCUGCCAGCUUCGAAUCAUGCCCAUGGAACUUCGGCCACUGCGAAAGCGUGGAGGAUGUUCUCAAUUGUAUUUGGAAGACCCCGGUACCGAAAGACCUGCAUGUCGGCUUCGAUGCCAUGCAGAAGUCUGUGAAAAGCGUCAGCAUCGCUUAUGUUAAGCUCGGGACCCUCAAAGAGAUUCACUACUGCAUCCUCUACACGCUACGCUCCGGCGCGGAGCUCUUCGGUGGGGCUCCCUCCGAGCAGACAGUGGGCCUGGAAUUGGAGCCAGGCGAGGAGACCGGCUUAAGGCGGCGCAGGGGAGCGGAGGCCUCGGCAAACAGCUGGCGGAUAGUGAAUGACGAGAAUCCGUUGCCAUGCAUUGCUGCAUUUUUCCGAAUCCAUGAUGGCUUCGGCACACUCAUGUCUCGGAAGCAUCUGCCGCUGCUCCUGGAGAGUCCCGGAGAUACCAUCCAUGGGUCGUGCUUCUAUGUGUACCCCAAGAGGGGCCUCCAGCCGAUGGGACAGCGACCCACUCUUUUGCGAAUGGCUCGCGUGGACAAGACGUGCUGCGUCGCCGUGGAUCGCCGAAAG